AAACAGUUAUUUUUAAUAAAUACAUUUACAAAAUUAGUUUUAACUUAGAUUUUAAUUACAAAUAUUUUUUGCGUGCAUUUCGUGUCCAUUAAAACCCACACUCACCACCCGAUCGUUGGCCACACAGACAGACAAUACAAGACAAUGUCUAACCGCGUGCUGAAGAAACUAUACGGCGAUAAUCACGAUGUGCUCAAAGCCACGGCCACUGCCGGAGCCCAACCCGAGUCUACCCGCGCGGCCGUCACCGGCGGCGGUGUCGACAAUCAUAUGGGAAGCGGCGGCGGUUCGGACAGCGAUUCCCUAACCAAUGACAAGACUAGCGGCGGGCCGUCUCCCGCCGUACCGAAGCAUAAGAAACUGGCGCUCAAUCGCUUUGAAUUGUUGAAUAAUUUGGACCAAAACUCGAUGUCAGACACAGAGGCCAAAGAGGACGACGACAAAGACAACGAUUCCGCUCGCGCUUGGCUUCCGGUGGGCGGCGCCGGCGGCGAGAAGUCGCGGCUCGAGAAGCAGGACUCGACUCAAUCGACGGAUUCACUGAAGAAGCGCCGGCGGAAGAAGAAGAAGAUCCGCUCACAGAAGUCAUUGGAGGGUCAGUUGGACGCCGACCCGGACGACGAAGAUAUCGACGCCACCGUCGAAGAGGUGAACAAACUGUUGGGCAAUUGUCACGAGUUGAACGCAGCCGCCGCCGCUGUGGCCACCGAUAAACCAGUGGUGAAGAAGUCGGUGAUCGCUGUGGAGGCCCGGCAUCUGAACCCCGAGAAUGAGAUGAAACGCAUGUUUGGGUCGAAAGUGGUCGCCGAACAGCAACAACACCAACAACAGGGCGGCAGUGGUCGCCGUCGAGGGCCCGGUCGCGGCCACAGACCAAGCAUUAGCCGCUCCUGGAUUCUGGUCAACCCCAGGAACUGGCAAAAUGUGGGCAAAUCUGGUCUCACUAUGGAUUACGUGGAGAAAGUGGGCGAUUCCCUACACUUUCGCAUUGCGCACAACAGGAGCUAUCAGUCCGUUCAGCACAUGUUCGCCGACGCCGUCGAGAGCUAUAAUCCGGACAAUUUGAUCGCCAUAUUGAACGCCCAUCCAUACCAUAUCGAUACCAUCAUUCAGUUCAGCGAUGUCUGCAAAAUGGCUGAAGACAAUCAAAUGGCCGCCGAACUCAUCGAGCGGGCCCUGUAUUGCAUUGAACACACAUUCCAUCCGCUAUUCAACGUAACGCAGGCCACGUGUCGGCUGGACUACAGGCGCCCCGAGAACCGGGCCUUUUAUAUCGCACUCUUCAAACACUUGACUUUUGUCGGCCAACGCGGCUGUAAUCGCACAGCCCUUGAGUUCUGUAAACUCAUACUCGGUCUGGACCCGGAGGGCGACCCCCUAUCAGUGCUGCUGAUGAUUGACUUCUAUGCCCUGCGCUGUGAACAGUACGACUAUCUGUUAACACUGGCCUCGGAGUGGGAGACCAGCAAAAAGUUAUCCCUAUUCCCGAACAUCCGGUACUCGACAGCACUGGCGCUGUACUACUUGUCCCAAAAGGCGCCCGAUAUGGCCGACAGGGCUGACCAUCAGCUCCAGGAGGCGUUGAUUAUGUUUCCGGGCGUUCUGUUGGCGCUGUUGGACAAGUGCUCCGUAGAGCCCGACCCGCGAGUGGCCAAAUGUGAUUACUUCCGCUGCCCGACCGCUACUACACCCGUCGUAACCCAAUUGAAUGUGCUAUACAUCGGACGCACACACCUGUUAUGGAAGGACAGGCAUAUCAUGUCGUGGUUGGAGCGCAACGUACGGACAGUUAUGGAUAGAGUGGCCAAUAGAGACCCGUUUGUCACCGUUUGCGCCGAGAGGUCAGACUAUUUGAUCCACUUUUACAUACUAUUGAUAAUUAUUGUGGUAUUAAUUCAUACCUUGAACUAUAGGCGCAAGAAAUACCUGAGCGGCGGAACCCCGAGGAAUGUCUUGAGACACGUUAUACUGUCGGGCAUUAAGGAGGCGACGCUCGCCCUCCCGAACGACUUAGCGAAAGACACGAUCUUCGGCUUCGAUCCGCUGCCACCGACCGACACAAUCAUAUCGUAUACCCGACCGCCCAAACCGGCCGCCGAUCCGCAAACACAGGCCAACGCCGACCAGAAUAUACUGAGUGUAUUUCUCAGGUCAUGGCUGCCGGACUUCAACGCCGAUGAGUUGAUCGCCGGCGCCGGUGGUGUCGCUGGCGGUGCCGCCGGUGUUGUGGCCCGUAAUCGGGCGGCCAUUGCGCAGCAGAUGGAACAGAGACGCGGUCAGAGGGGCGCCGCAGCCGUAGGCGGUGCUGACGAGCCGGCCGGAGCUGUCGGCGGUCGAGCGCCCGGCGAUACACACGACUUGCGCCGUUCGGUGACCUCUCUGUUGGACGCGAUGCGCGACCUCUUAAGCAAUAUACACAUGACUGAUGUGCCCAAUGAGGGAGACGUGUCCAGUGAGGACAACGACGACGAGGAGCAGCACCAGCACAGGGGCCCACCCGGGCCUCCACACCCACCGCCGCAGCAAUAAUUAACUAUACAUUCAUAAAAGCCAUUCAAAUGUCAG